AAUAAUUUGUAUAAAAAUGUGUUUUAAAAGUUUUAUCAUCGCUCUAGUCGUUACGAAUGUCACACGCAACUGAUAUAUUUAAUUUAAUAUUCUGCUUCAGUCAUGUUAAAACAUAUUUUAAUUUUCGGUUUAUUAGUGGCCCGGGUGUGUAGUGAAUGUAUUACUUAUGACUUUGAAAAGGAUUUUGAUGUUAUAUUCAAUCAAAAUAAUAAUAUGUGUGCUGGCUUACCAAUGUGGCAGAUUCAGAAUUAUACCGAUAUUAAUAUUGACAGACCUCAUGAAAAGAGUUCAAAGUUCGUUUAUCCACGUGAAACACAGAGAUGUGUGUCAUCUAUAUCUUUUCCGAUGUCUAAAGGUGGUAUAUUGGAAGUGACUGCGUAUAUGGAAGCAAAGCCUGGUGAUAAAAUUUGGGUGUCGGUGUUUGAAAUAUUGCCGGAUAGUAGUAUUACUGUGGGGAAUUUGUGGUUCCGAGGCCCAGGUUGGCAAACAACGAAUGUCACUCUAAAUGGUCCAAGCAAAUUUCAAGGCAGUAUAACAUUGCUUGGUAUAGCUGCUUCUAAUUCUAUUGUAUUAAUCGACUCAUUUCGAUACAUUCCACCAGAUUUCGAAGGGGAAUGUAAUAUUUAUGACGAUACUACAACUACUCGUACAAUACCUGAAGAUACACCGUCCACUCCUGAAGAUACACCGUCCACACCUGAAGAUACACCAUCUACACCUGAAGAUACCCCCUGGACACCAGAAAAUACCCCUUCAAUACCAGAAGACACACCGUCCACACCUCAAGAUACCCCUUCAACACCUGAAGAUACCCCUUCAACACCAGAUGACACACCGUCCACACCAGAAGACACACCAUCUACACCUGAAAAUACCCCUUCAACUCCAGAAGACAUACCCUCCACUCCUGAAGUAAUAUCCUCAACACCUGAAGAUACCCCUUCAACACCAGAAGACACGCCAUCCACACCUGAAAAUACCCCUUCAACACCAGAAGACACACCAUCUACACCGGUAGAUACCCCUUCAACACCAGAAGACACACCAUCUACACCGGAAGAUACCCAUUCAACACCAGAAGACACACCAUCUACACCGGAAGAUACCCCUUCAACCCCAGAAGACAUACCAUCUACACCUGAAAAUACCCCUUCAACCCCAGAAGACAUACCAUCCACACCUGAAGUAAUACCAUCCACUCCUGAAGUAAUAUCCUCAACACCUGAAGAUACCCCUUCAACACCAGAAGACACACCGUCCACACCUGAAGAUACCCCUUCAACACCAGAAGACACACCAUUUACACCGGAAGAUACCCCUUCAACACCAGAAGACACACCAUCUACACCGGAAGAUACCCCUUCAACACCAGAAGACACACCUUCUACACCUGAAAAUACCCCUUCAACACCAGAAGACAUACCAUCCACACCUGAAGUAAUCCCCUCAACACCUAAAGAUACCCCUUCAACACCAGAAGACACACCGUCCACACCUGAAGAUACCCCUUCAACACCAGAAGACACACCGUCCACACCUGAAGAUACCCCUUCAACACCAGAAGACACACCAUUUACACCGGAAGAUACCCCUUCAACACCAGAAGACACACCAUCUACACCGGAAGAUACCCCUUCAACACCAGAAGACAUACCAUCCACUCCUGAAGUAAUAUCCUCAACAGCUGAAGAUACACCUUCAACACCAGAAGACACACCAUUUACACCGGAAGAUACCCCUUCAACACCAGAAGACAUACCAUCCACACCUGAAGAUACUCCUUCAACACCAGAAGACACUCCGUCCACACCUGAAAAUACCCCUUCAACACCAGAAGACACACCAUCUACACCUGAAGAUACCCCUUCAACACCAGAAGACAUACCAUCCACUCCUGAAUUAAUAUCCUCAACACCUGAAGAUACCCCUUCAACACCAGAAGACACACCAUCUACACCUGACGAUACCCCUUCAACACCAGAAGACAUACCAUCCACUCCUGAAGAUACCCCUUCAACACCAGAAGACAUACCAUCCACUCCUGAAGUAAUAUCCUCAACACCUGAAGAUACACCUUCAACACCAGAAGACACACCAUUUACACCGGAAGAUACCCCUUCAACACCAGAAGAUACCCCUUCAACACCAGAAGACACACCGUCCACACCUGAAGAUACCCCUUCAACACCAGAAGACAUACCAUCCACACCUGAAGAUACUCUUUCAACACCAGAAGACACACCAUCUACACCGGAAGAUACCCCUUCAACACCAGAAGACAUACCAUCCACACCUGAAAAUACCCCUUCAACACCAGAAGACAAACCAUCCACUCCUGAAGUAAUAUCCUCAACACCUGAAGAUACCCCUUCAACACCAGAAGACAUACCAUCCACACCUGAAGAUACCCCUUCAACACCAGAAGGCACACCGUCCACACCUGAAGAUACUGCUUCAACACCAGAAGACACACCGUCCACACCUGAAGAUACCCCUUCAACACCAGAAGACACACCAUUUACACCGGAAGAUACCCCUUCAACACCAGAAGACAUACCAUCCACACCUGAAAAUACCCCUUCAACACCAGAAGACAUACCAUCCACUCCUGAAGUAAUAUCCUCAACACCUGAAGAUACCCCUUCAACACCAGAAGACAUACCAUCCACACCUGAAAAUACUCCUUCAACACCAGAAGACACACUAUCUACACCUGAAAAUACCCCUUCAACACCAGAAGACACACCACCUACACCUGAAAAUUCCCCUUCAACACCAGAAGACACACCGUCCACACCUGAAGAUACCCCUUCAACACCAGAAGACAUACCAUCCACACCUGAAGUAAUCCCCUCAACACCUGAAGAUACCCCUUCAACACCAGAAGACACACCGUCCACACCUGAAGAUACCCCUUCAACACCAGAAGACAUACCAUCCACACCUGAAGAUACUCCUUCAAUACCAGAAGACACACCGUCCACACCUGAAGAUACCCCUUCAACACCAGAAGACAUACCAUCCACACCUGAAGUAAUCCCCUCAACACCUGAAGAUACCCCUUCAACACCAGAAGACAUACCAUCCACUCCUGAAGUAAUAUCCUCAACACCUGAAGAUACCCCUUCAACACCAGAAGACACACCGUCCACACCUGAAGAUACCCCUUCAAUACCAGAAGACACACCAUCUACACCUGAAGAUACCCCUUCAACACCAGAAGACAUACCAUCCACUCCUGAAGUAAUAUCUUCAACACCAGAAGAAACACCAUUUACACCGGAAGAUACCCCUUCAACACCAGAAGACAUACCAUCCACACCUGAAAAUACCCCUUCAACACCAGAAGACAUACCAUCCACUCCUGAAGUAAUAUCCUCAACACCUGAAGAUACCCCUUCAACACCAGAAGACACACCGUCCACACCUGAAGAUACCCCUUCAACACCAGAAGACACACCAUCUACACCUGAAAAUACCCCUUCAACACCAGAAGACAUACCAUCCACUCCUGAAGUAAUAUCCUCAACACCUGAAGAUACCCCUUCAACACCAGAAGACAUACCAUCCACACCUGAAGAUACUCCUUCAACACCAGAAGACACACUAUCUACACCUGAAAAUACCCCUUCAACACCAGAAGACACACCACCUACACCUGAAAAUUCCCCUUCAACACCAGAAGACACACCGUCCACACCUGAAAAUACCCCUUCAACACCAGAAGAUACACCAUCUACACCUGAAGAUAUUCCCUCAACACCAGAAUACACUCCGUCUAUACCCGAAGAUACCCCCUCAACACCUGACACACUGUCCACAAAUGAUGAUACUAGCACAUUGGAGCCAACAGACCCAACGACAAGUCCAGUAUUGGCAGAUCCCUAUAGCUUUUGGAACCCCUUCACAAUAACAAUGGUGGUAUUAAUAACUUUAAUAUUUAUUUUACUUCUUUCAAGUGUUUGCUUCUAUUUAGGUGUGAAAAGAGGUCGAAGUAAGAACACCGUAAUAUUGCCAGAAUUUGAUGAUUUACCAAGAUCAAUGGUUAUACCACGAGUUGAGAGAAUUGGUAACCCUUCGAUAUUGCCCUAUGUAGCGUAAAUAAUUUAUAAUCAGAAGGUAACAAGAUCUUAUUUAGUUUUAAUUAAUUUUUUAUAAGGACAAUUGUGAUUUGCCUAUAAUUUAUAGGUUUAGGGUAGGAAUUGGCCCGUAAUUACGCAAUUAUUAUUAUGCCAUUUACGCGUCACACAACGCGUGAAAAUACCUUAGUACGUGUGUAUAUAUUUUAGAUUUACGUGUAACUUAUUUCAUACAUAUGUAUUACUAUAUACUAAUAAAAAGCCUAUUUUGUAAUUUAACAUUCAGUUAGAUUUUAAGUACAAUAAUGUUACAUAAUAAAAACUAUUUAUUAACAGUAGUGACAAAAUACACAUUAUUGUAAAAUCAUAAUUCUUUUACUUGGAAUUAUAGAUAAAUUAGAAUGACCCUUGACUAUUGCUGCAGAUCUAUGAAAGAUCGCGACACGUUUUAGAAUAUGCAGCACGCUGGAGGUUCUUGCAUUAUUCUUCAUAUUUAACUAUCCUGUUUGAAUCGUUUUAUCAUAAUAUCGGUGAAAAAAAAAAAUUGGCGCUAGUAUUAAAAAAAAUGAUCAUGAAUCUGUUCGUUAUUUUCAAUCUAAUAGACAAGUUUCCCACGUGAUGAUUUUCUCAUAAAUAUCACGAUGGGAAACUUUAUGAUAUGUAGCCGUGUGCAUUUAGUUUUUUAAAAUUUAUUUUAUACGAAUAUUUACUUUUUUUUGUGAAGUUUAAAAAUUGUUGGAUUAUAAAGGCUAAUAAUCUCGCACUCAGGAACGAGACAGAGAGCUUCGUUGACUGAUGUUAUUUCUUCUUCUGGGAUGAAGAUUUGAAUUUGAUCUAUCAUUUGAAUGCACGAGACGGUUAAGAAUCUUAAUAUUGAUUUCAUAAAUUUAUUAAAAUAAGCCAAUUUUUCAUAAGUACCUACUCCUUCUACGUUAUCGGAUAAUAAUAUACAUACUCAGAUAAAAUAUAUAUAAUCUUUAAUCUGACUUUUGGGGAUUAAUUUGUCACUUAGUGCUUUACUACACAUUUAUGAAUUUUGUAUUGUUUAAAUCAGCUGUUCGUUAAUAAACGUAAAUGAUUUUUUUUAAGGUCGAAUUGUAAUCCUCUUCGGCGAGUUUUUGGAAAAUUAAAAAUGUUAUUUCUUAAAAUAAAUUUCUUUCAAAUAUUAUUUUUUUCGCAGACCCAAAGCUUACAUAUAUAGUAUAUACGUUUAAUACAUAUUAUUGGUACGCUCUUUUUUCCCCUGUUCUAUAAAAUAAAGAUAUAAUUUCCUUUUAUCAACAUUAAAAGCCCAUUGUAAAUUAUAGUCCUUACCUGACGUCUUGUUAUCGUCAAGCCGUAUCUUUCUAUUCUAUUGAAGAAUAUUUAUCACGAUAAACCUUACAAUAAAGUAAUAAAAAUUGAAUUUUUAUUACUUACUACAACAUUUAUUGAUUAUAGUUUAUUUUGAACACAUCGAAAACGGCACUCAUUACACAAUGUAUAAGAAUAAUUAAUAAACUUCAUAGAUUACCAAACGUUUUUAAUUGUCAUUUGAGUAAACUGACAGAACUGUCAGUCUGCUUCAUGUUAUAUAUACUGUAAGAAAUAGUUAGUAGAUCACUGUUUACAUGUUUAAAUUGAUUUGUUUUCUUCCAUUGGUUUUGUCUAAAUAAUUAAGUAUUUUGCACUUCUUGCUUAUCUUAUCUUGUUUAUUGUUUUUUCUCACAGUGGUUGCCUGG